AUGGCCGCUUUGACUGCAUCUGGUUCCCGUCAGCCAAGAACAGCUGAUGAAGAGACCUACCAACUCUUCUGCAAGAGUCUGGGCCCCGAUGGAAGCCUUUUUACGGAAGAUGAAAUUAAAGCGGCUUACCAAUCGGAGUCCGAAAAGCCUGGCGGACUCGAAGUCCUCAAGGCUAAUCUUAAGGAUAUCUGGUCACCGAGAGUAUCUUUCUUUGCUCAGGUUACAGACUGGGGUAUGCAGUUCAAAGGGGAUUUUUAUGGCUUUUUCUUCCCUACCCUACCCCAGGUCAAUGUAAUGGGUUGGGUUCUGUACAACGACGCCAGUGCUCUUCAGCAUGUUGGACGUGAGGAUGCCCGAAUUUCCCUUACCGCCCUGGAGUCAAAGGUCUAUAUCGAGAUCUUUCCCAAUGACGGCGGACCUGCUAUUGCUGCCAUUUUACUCGAUAGGUUUGUAACAUCCAUUCAUCAGCCUACUCGUGGAUUCGUCUAUCUCAGCAAGGUUGAAUAG